GCAGAGGAAGAGCAGCAGACUGGGGCAAGCCAGGGGACUGAGAGACGAGACGCAAAGAGAAGAAGGAGGAGACAAAGGCAGCCAAGCAGGAAAGAGGGCAUAGAGGAGAGGCUGGACUGAGCCGGAACCGGAACCGGAACCGGAACCGAGGCUGUGGCGCGGAAGGAGAGAUCAAAGCGGCAGGAACUGACCAGGAUCAACAAGAGCAACAACAACAAGGAACUUAAUUUAAAACGGACCUGGAUUGGUAAUGCCCCAGAUGUCUGACAAAGAAAAUGAAAACCCUUCCUGGAGAUAAAAAAUUUAAACAUACUCAGCAAAACAAAUAUCAUCCGUGUUCUCAAAGAGCUCAGGAUCGAGUGGGGAGACAGAUACAGAUACAGCUACGGAACAUUAAUGACGCCUAUCUGGUGAAUGCGGUCUUAAAACGAUGAGAGGAUUUUCCUCCCACUGUCUCCCGCAUCGGCCAACCCUUUUUAUCAAAGCGAGACGGACAAUUACCGCUUGGAAACUCGUGUGUUUCCGCUGGCGACGUGUCUCGUCGCGCUGGCGGGGGCUCAGGGACGCAAUAGCUGGCUCGGGCGGCGGCGGCGGCGCGGGCGGAGCACCGGUCCUGGCUUGCCCUGCAGCGCCCCCUGCUGGCCGAAGCUGCAGCGGCCGGCCCCCCGCCUUGCGACCCAGCUUUGGGGCUGGAACCCACCCUGCCCUCCUGGAGUCUGCAGGCUUUGAGCUGAGACACCCAGGUUGAAGAAGUGAGCUGUGCAUUAGGACACAGACAGCCAAGAGGCAGCUUGGUCUCAGGUGACCUGAAAGAAUUAAUUACUGCCCUGGUUUCAAGUGCACCAGUUGCCAAAGGGAAAGGCCGCCCUCUAACUGACCCGGUGAGCUGAUGAAGGAGGAGCCAGGCUCUUGCUGAGGCAGUCACGGAGUACUGAAAUGACUGACAGAAGUCUGGCAGUUCUAUCCCUGGGCAGAUGGAUCGCCUGAUACAGAUGUUGGGACCCAAGCCCUGGGAUUGGCCUAAAAGAGGGCUGUGUUGACCCACCAGCUGGGCCUUGCAUUCUGUCAAACUGCUGUGCAUCCAGACAAAAAUAACAGCCUGGAAAUAGUGCUGAGGCAGUCUGCCAGCCUCUGUAUGGAAGCUAAAGCCACCAUGCAGAUGCUGACCAAGUGCUACCGCAGGAACUGCCUGCUGACUGUCAUGGACCAGUACUCGGCCAUGGUGUGCAACAUGAAACAGCUGGUGAUGAUCCCCAGCCUUCUGUGGGAUGUGCAGCUGAGUGUUCAUGGACGCCAGGCCUAGGCAGGGGCUCCCUAUCUCUACAACUACUUCACCAUGCUCAAGGCCAUCUGCGUGGAUGUGGAACAUGGGCUGCUGCCCUGGGAAGAGUGGAAGGCCAAGGUGGCAGGUGGCAAAGCCGAUGAGGCUGAGAAUGAAGCUGCAGAGCCAGAGGAGGCCGAGGAGGAGAGGGUCUUCGGGCAGCUGGACCUGGAAGCCUAGUUCCACCUGCACUUCUCCAGCCUUCCUCAUAUCCUCACCCACCUUACCCUGAAAGCUGAGGAGGUGACGAGGAAAUACCAGGAAAUAAUGGGACAGCCCAUAGAGGCCUCGGACUCUAGGAAAGCUUACUCCACAUGAUAGAAGGCAGACUCUGUGAUGAGGACAUGGAGCAGUUCGCUAGCCUGAUGAUGAUAAGACCAGAAAGACCUGGACCUGCAGCUAGAAGUGAAGGUGACUUGGAUGUCUGGGAUGCUUCCCUACCUGCCUCUGAGAACCAAUUCGUGGACUCAUCACUGGGUCACCUUUAGGUUGCUUGUUGCUAUUCACAACUCUCCUUGCUCCUCUUACCAGCUUGGGGUGGUAGCCAGUGGUUCACAAGGGACCACAUGUCACCUGGCCAAUGUGUUACAGGAGAAAGAGAAGUUUUAGCAUCCGACUAAUUGAAGUUCACAUCCUUCCCUCUUGGCAGUCAUUCACUGUGAUCUUGGGCAAGUUAUUUAACCCACUGUAGCCUAAAUUUCCUCAUCUAUAAAAUGGGGAAAGUGUUACCUACCUCAUAAAGUUGUUAUGAAAAUUAAACACGACAAUAAGUCAAAAGCAGCUGGCAUGUGAGAGCUAUUAUUAUAGGUGGAUUUUUUUCUCCCACCCUCACCUUGUCUUUGUUCUAGCCCUCCCUUACUUUUUAGCCUCCAGAACUAAGAAGUAGCAGAGUCCUAAACUCUGAGUGAGUGGUUCACACUCUUACUCCUGCUGAGCACAGGUGAACUAUAAACUUAUUUAUUGCAGUAGCAAUAAAAAAUAAUACCUUGUAUUUGUACAUAUCUUUAUUAACCUCUACUUUCUCAGACGCGAUUUCAUUUUUAACAAGUAGGACUCAAGAGAAGAGAGAUGGAACCAUCUGAUUUGCCCAUCUGCUUAUAUUCAGACUGCCACCUAAUUUGAAAUCACAUGUAAAUAAACAGUUUUAUUAAUCUCCAAAACCUAAUCUGAUUAUAAAAUCUGACCUUGGAAACAAAAACGUUUUGGACAAGCAUUUGGACUUGAUAAGCCAUAAAGAGUAACCUCAUUCUAGUUAGGUGGGAUCUUUUACUUCUAAUUGCACCAAGCUCCACUGUAGACAGCCUUAGCUACUGAGCCCACUUUCUCCAGGAUGAUCCAUCUAAGAGCUGAGACCCCUUUGCCGUAUCAGCUGUUCUCCUGGUCUUGAGUUUCCUCCUUCUCAACCACCCUCUACGUUGUUGCAGAGAGCUCAGUAAUACAAACAUGAUCAUGUUAUUCCUAUUUAAAAUCCUUUAGUGACUUUCCACUACCUACAGAAUCAAGUCAAAAUUAUUCUGCACGACUCACAAAACCUACCAUAAUCUGGCUUGCUUGGAUUCACUUUGCAUUA